AUGGCAUCAUCUGGUAGUGGAGUAUCCAACGCGAGUGACCCGAGGGCUUUUACCUCUAAAGACGAGAUGGCUACCGAUUCGGGAGUUUACACCUCAGACACCACGAGUACCGAUGAAGACGACUUUCAGCCUUUUGCCCUACCGAUCUUCGGAGAUGAUGUACCCUUAGCUGACGGCCCACCAGGAGAGGACCUACCCCUUGUUCCAAUCCCUGCCCCUCUCCCCUUCGCUGCAGUUCCCUUUGAGGAACAGCCUAUCAACGCGUUACCCGAUGGUGACAUCGACCUACUCAUCGAGGGUCCCCCGGAGGGAGACCAGGAUGGUGGGGCCCCGGUGGAGGACGGUGUUCCACUUGUUGAUGUCCCAGUUGUUGAUCCUAUUGUUCCCAUGGUCGAGCUUCCUGAUAUGGAGGUUCAGUCUGAUUCGUCCGCUUCAGGUUCCUUUGAGUCGAUAGCUUCUCAUAUCCCAUCGUUGGGACUCGGUUACAUUCCUCGCAUGGACGCUGAUGAGGAGAUGGAGUUGGAGCAGCCUGCAGAGGCUCCUGUUCAUCCAGAUGAUCCGAUUCCUGCCAUGCUUGCUGAUUAUCAGCCCGCUCCAGUCACUUCCGAGCCCGUUCUUGCCAUUGACCCUGUUACUGUCACUGAUACACCCGUUGUUGCACCACCAGCCGUUGAGAUACCAGAUGUAGCACCCAUACCCGAUCCCAUGGCGAUUUUUUGA